AUGGUCGAUUCGGAAAAUGAGGAACCGAUGGAAAUCCAUUCCAGUACAGUUACAACUGAUUAUGAGCAUAACCGACCGGGAUCAUCCAUGUCGACCGCCACUUCGUCAACACUUUGCCAAAGUUUCGAAGAUUUUGAUGGUAAUAAUGCCGCUGAAAUGGAGGAUACUAUUCCAUCUGUCAUUGAUUUUACAAGGCAGUCAAAGCUAAUGGCAAAGAUACGCGAUAAUAAACGAAAACUUCCAUCUCGUUGGGACGAUGACGAUGAUGAUGGCAUCUUGGCUAAGGAUAUGAAUGAUCCAAAAGAGCAAGUAUUGACUGCAGCUGAAGAUGGUAAUUUGGAAUCGCUUAAAGAUUUGAUCGAAAAUAAUCCGUCUUUGCUAUCGGCUCGCGAUGUGGACGGGUAUACGGCAUUGCAUCGAGCUGCUUACAGUGGACAUACUGACAUUGUCGGAUACUUACUAUCGAUUGGAGCUAAUCCGGAAUGGAAUACGAAUGAUGGUUGGACGGUGUUACAUUGCGCAGCAACGUGGUCGAUGUGUGAAGUUGUAGCGUUGUUGCUUCGUCAUGGCGUUGAUGUUAACAGUCGUUCGCACGGCAAUCUUACACCAUUACAUCUUGCGAUCACGUCGAAUCAAUCAGAAGAUCGUGUUCUUACAACAGUUCGCUAUCUUCUUGAAGCACCAGGUAUUGAUGCUGCAGCAGUAUCGAAUUCUGGUGAUUCACCCUUACGGGUUGCAGAAAGGACGUCAGCCAAAAUUACCGAGAUGCUGAUGCGUUACUUCAGCAAACCUUAG